CUUGCUCACACCCUUCCAUCUUCUCAAUUUUCCUCCUCAUCUCACUCUUCCCCCUUUGUUAGCCUGCUGCAUCGCAAAAGACAUCUGCCAAUCUCUCUUGCUGAACUGUUUUGCUAUCGCAUCCCCCUUCCCCUCCUAAACCUAGAUGUCGACGGGCAAGAGAGGCACAAAGCGGGCGGGUGAAAUAUUCGGUGAGUAGAGCCUGUUGUCCUCGAGAAGAGGAGUGUGUAAUUGUGCUCUUUAGAUCAACAUGGUCUUCCAAGAAGACAGACAAAAGGGGAAGAGGCGGGGCUGACGGGGCUCCCUUUCAGUCCUUCUGCUCUAGCUUACUCUAUUACCCCUACGUGAUACAUUCACAUUUCCUUCACCCUUCUCCUUCUCUUUCUGUUUGAACUACAAUUCGGUGCAUGCGUGUUAUACCAUUGACCAAUGGCAAAAAUGCCUCACAUCAGUGAAACCCGAGAAUUGAUAUCUCUUGUUCUCAAUUUGAUAUUCAAAGGAUACAGUUGAUCUUAGCUGCCUUCUUUUGGCUCCGUUAAUGAAAAUCACGGUGUGGUUGAGAAUAAUGAUGCUUCAUUGGUUACUAUGUCUGAGGAAUUCCUGAACAACUGGGCAACGGCUUCAUUUCAGUCUGUUUGUCCCUCGGUUUAGACUCCCGCCUUCGUUAUCGGCGCGGAUGGUUAAACGGACGCAGCCAUCGCACUCGAAUUGAGUAUACUGUACAUUUAUACCAUUUGACGAGCCCUAACGGUCGCUCUACGUUUCAGACAGCAUCAGAUGUGCCAUGUCCAAGGAAUGCUGGAUGGGACGAAGCUGAUAAACCUCAGUCGUCCAUAUAGCAUCGCACAUGGCAAUAUAAAUCUGUACACUCAUACCACUCUGAUUGCGGUAUUUGACUGUAAUGGAGUGGGAUUAUCUCAACAGAAUGAUGGUGCUGACCCUUAUGAAUUCAAGUUACAGAUCUAGGGGUGUAGUCCUAUUCCAAGUGAUCAUAUAUUCCUGCCCUGGUGGACAUGGCCAUGCCAAAAUACAUGAAGGUUGAAAUCUGUGAAGUUGCUGUGGCUGCAAUUCAAACACUGAUACCUGCAAGCUCAAAUCAGCUGCUCUGCAAGCCUAGAGAAGCCCGGAUAUAAGAGUGCAACAUACACACAUCAAGAAAUCUUCAUUCUCAGUGCUGCCGGGUACUAAGAACAAACAAUAUCAUCUAGGGAGUUAGAGUCAGUGCAAAUCGUACAUUUCUUUUCCCUGAAGUAUUAAAGUCCAUAGUAUAUGUGCAUUCUUGUUGAGAUCUCUGUGAGUCGCUUCAUCAGAGGAUUGAAUGAUGGAGUGAGAAGCCAAAAAACAGAUAGCACAAAAGCCAGAGACAUAAUUUCUGGAGCAACAAGGAGAGCUGAUGAGAGGUAAAGCUGGGAGAGAAGUUUCUAAUGAAAUACAAGCUACAAGCUGUGUAAAGUGAGCUCAAGUUCACGGGCUUUCACAGAAACACCUAGCAGGUGCGGUUCCAUUCUGUGGGCUGUGAGGUAGUUAUCCACCUGUUGUUUGGCGAAGCCAUACUCAUGCUUUCUAUUCAAAUCACAGAGUCAUUCUCAAUAAAUGUCCUUUACCCUUCUCCAAGUGCAUUCUAUGACAGAGCCAUUGGUCAGGCAGCGCACACUCCGCUUCGCCGUUAGCCGCCCCUAUUGACAGGAAUUUUCCGCAGGGUCCCAUAUACCUUCCGCAAUUUCCUGGUCCUCAGUUGUUAGUGCUUCAUUCUUCCCACAGAGUUACUUGCAUAAAAUGCCUUGGGUUUAACCCCUACUUGAUGUGAGGAAGUGGCAUUUUAGUAUACACUUCGCGAGCUCAUUGCAUCGGAAGCACCUAAACAGCACGCCCCGGCGGAACUACGGGCCAACGGUUAAACUAUGAAAGGCAAGACUGGGUGACUAUAAAUUUUUCUCCAUUGACAGAACCUUUAUCCCAUAACACCGAAGGAAAAAUACCGACAGUUCACUGCUUUUUCUAGAUAUACACACAAGGCUCUAUGAUAGGUAGAAGGGGUGGGAAUAGUUCCACGCAUCUAUUCCCCCAUGAUUUCCUCACCAAUAGGCUCAAUCAAGAUACAUACAGUAGCCCCCUUGUCGGAUACACGGGAAACACAGCUUGCAGACCAUGAUGUCCAUUCACUUGAUUUGUUCACAUCAGGGGAAUUGGUACUUUGGCACUUUUUUGGCAGUGUGUUGGUCCUCUGCGACUGCAACAAUUGUGGAUAUAUCAGCACCUGCCUCGGUGUUCACCAUUCGCUUAGUUACCAUAAUAACCGCCCCUUCGCUAUUAUAUGACCGUGCAAUACCGUCAUUCCCAACAUGUUUAAGGCUCUUUGGGUCAGUCUUCAGUUUAAAAUUGAUACUGGUUGCUUUUUCAUCCCAUUCUCAAAUAGUCAGGUUCGCCUAUUCCAACAUGUGUCCAGGCGGGUUUCCGACGGGUAUAGUAAAUGCUUAUAUGUGGCCUGUUGAGCAUCAAGUGGAGGAGCUGGUUGCAGCCACUGCAGUAGCUACGUUGAGGUACGUAACCAGAGGUAGAAGCUACAUGAAGGAUAAAACAAAUCGCUGGUGUUCUCUAAUAGGCAUCAACUUCCCGCGGCGGGCCGGUUACAUACAUCUACGCCAGCUAAAUCUACUCGUUAUCGAUGAAUAUUACCUAAACCAGCUCCAAGGGAAGGGUAUGGUACUCGACACAAUUCAUAAAAUCCAUAAAUAGUGCUAGUAUUCGCACCGACUCUUUUGGCCGUUAUUUCCUUUUCUCCACAUCACAGCUGGCAAUUCACGUCUAGCAGGAGAGGUUAGCCAAUCAUUUGCUGGCGCUAGGCGGCAAAUUAGGCGCUUCCACACGUGGCCGCGCGAGUCGUGCCGCCCCACUGACAGAGCUCUGUUUACUGAGGUGUUGCUAUAGGCGAUGGAACCCUCCUGGACCAAAUGAUAGUACAGUCUACCCUAAACCCAACGAAUUUAAGACCUCGUUUUAUAAAUAAGAACUCCACUCGUUUUAGCGAAGUAGCUUGUCAAAGAACUGCGCCGGGGGGCCGUUCCAUAACCAACACGAGACGGAUAUGCCCCGCAAUCUCUCCACAAACAGUCAUCCAAGUUUACAUCUACAUCGCGAAGAGAGAGUCAGUCGCAUUGCUAACCACGAUUCCUUGAAAACUUAACCCUCAGAGAGCCGUACCAUCUCCCCAAACCUUUCAACCCAAUUCCCUGUGUCCGUCCCCGGCUACCUAUGGCAGACCAUUCCUCGCAAUCAAUAAGCCCGAUUCCGACUUUCUACUGUUGUUACCUUCUCCGCUCGACUGUUCGACACGCUAGUCUCUAUAUUGGCUCAACCCCAGACCCAAGUCGGCGCUUAGCCCAGCAUAAUGGAGACAAGACCGGCGGCGCUAAACGGACAUCGAGGGAGAAGCUGAGGCCUUGGGAGAUGGUGGUCAUUGUAAGUGGGUUCAUGAACAGAGUGGGUGCAUUACAGUUUGAGUGGGCGUGGCAACACACACAAGGUUCCCGCCAUGUCGAAGUCGAAAGGGGCGGGAACGAGGAGCCGGGCUUAAGGAUAUGUCCCCGGACGGGAAAAGAGGUCAAGACCAGGGGGAAACCUCGCUCCUCGCUACGGAAUAUUUUGGCGAAUCUACAUAUUUUACUACAGUCGCCGUAUUUUUCGGAAUGGCCCUUGGAGGUGCAGUUUUUCUCAGAAGAUGUGUAUCGCGCGUGGCAGGAUUGGUCGCAGCGCGCGGAUGGUUUACUAGAUGAUAGAAUCAAGGUGAUAACGGCUUUUGGUUCUGAGCAGGCGUGCGAUGUCGAAAGGAAGGAACAUCUUGGAAGCGCGGGAAGAAUUGGAGCACUGGAUGUCGGUUACGACCAUCUUGCGAAGUAUGUGGAGAAAUCGUUAUUUUUACUUGAGUCUGAGGAACAGAUCGAUUGCGGUGUAUGCAAGCAGAGGUUGGAUUCACAACAUGAUAUGAUUGCAAUAUGUUCACACAAUCUGUGCCGCUGCGCUUCCCACCUUCUAUGUUUGGCGUCACAUUUCUUGGGGGCAGCAGGUUUUGGUGAAAAGUUGGUACCAAGAGAAGGGACGUGUCCCGCGUGCCGCAACCAAUUGGAAUGGCCAAUCCUCAUGAAAGAAAUUACAUUGCGGUUCCGUGGCCAAGAGGAGAUAAAACGGUUAGUGAGACGAAGACGGCGGGCUGAGGGCACGCGGAAAGCAAAAAAAAAUUUGAACAGCGUCAACUUGUACUCGGAAGAAGAUACAAGCGAUGCCCCAAUAUCAUGCACAAAAUUUGGAAGCAUUGGAUUUCUGAACCAUACAUAUCCCUGUGCGGAUGACAGCAAGAUUGGAGAGCUAGGGAGCAGUAUUGACAGCGCAAACAGCACAAACUCAGACAGUGACUCUGUGAGAACAAUCACGCCUCAGAUUGAGCUCUAUAGCCGACGGAAACCAUCUACGAAGGCGAACUGCUCGGGUUCAUAUACAAAUAAAUCCGACUGGGACAAUGCUGAAAUUAUCGAAUGACAACCGACGAGAGAGGGCGUUCUCUCAGGGGAUAUAUAUCAUGAUUGAGUGUUCGCUGGCUUUAAUAAAGGUCCAAAUUUUCUCAGCGAUCUGAUGCCGCAGACAUUUUCAACAGCUUUCCUUGCUGUCUCUAUAACGUCCAGCGCAACCUCCCGCUCCGUCCGACCCGCGUCGAUGAUGUGCACAUUGUCGGGGUCCUCUCUAGCGAUAAGCGUCUGAAAUAGCUGGCGUAUUCGGCUCUGAAAGGUGUCGUUCUCAUAUCUUUCUAGUCCAUAGCCACCGCGCUUUGCGGCUUCCUCUGGCGAUAUGUUCAGGAAAAGCCAUAUAUCUGGCUGCGGCAAACCGAUCUCUGGUUGCCAAGCCCAAUCUAGUGACAGUCCAGGGAUAUCUUUGGCUGCAGAAUAGACAACUCCGGAGUAGGAGUAGCGAUCGAUAAUGACAGUAAUGCCAUUUGAUAUAUCUUGCUGUAUUUCCGUAGCUGCCUCCCAUCUAUUGGCGGAGAACAGAAGGUGAAUAGCAUGAUCGUCCAGAUGUGUGUUUCCCAUCAAAUACGCGUUGAUCAUCUUCCCUAUCUCAGUAGUUCUAUCUACAAUCGCUCGUUAGCAUCGGCAUGGAUAUGAUAGAGCAUCUGGUGGCACAUGAGCAAGUAAAUACCUGGAAAACGACGGUACUUGACCUCAUGUCCGUCUUCUUGGAGAGUCUUCUGUAAAAUUGCACAUUGAGUAGAUUUGCCGGCACGGUCCAACCCUUCCACCACAAUGAGAGCCCCCCUCUGCCCUUCAUUGGUUCCCUGUACUGCUUUCAUAAUACACCAGAUAUAUUUCCCGAAUCAAUUGUUUGUUGCUGUUGAAAGGCGGGCGGAGUGGACUUUCUUGGCGCGGUCAUGUGCUUGUUUGGGUCGUGACAAGUUUCUGAUAGUUGCUUUGGCUGCUGCAGUCAUGUGUCUCACAUUCUAUAAGAUCUUUAUAAUCUGUAGAAAAAUCAACAUUCUUAUCUAUCUAGUGAGGUUUUCAGAUAAUCAACCUCUAGUUAUUUGGGGGUGGCGUACCGUACGGGAAUAUUUUAAACUGGGUUUGGGUUAGUGAUAUCUUGGCAUCUUAGGGGUGGCAGUACAGUA